AGGGUGCAGAUGGCCGUAAAAGAGCCGAGCGCAGACAUGCAUUCAUGGCUUCACAGACAGCAGACCAACACUCUCUUUUGAGAAUAGGUGGAACCAAAUAUCCCUUGAUUGCUGAUAACAGCAUGCACCAAUAUAUUGAGAGUGAAAACAGUCUCGUGCAAUUACCAGGAACCUGCGAUUUACUGGUCGAUCGGUUUGACGGUCGAAUGCUAUUGGAUGUAAUACCAUCACAGCAACCAACGGCUGAUUUGGAACAAAAGAAAGUCAAUGCCGAACAUGACGAAUCGGAGCUUAAUUUUGAGCGAUAUGCUGAUCUGAUUGAUCAGGCUCGCCAGCAAUGCAAGUGUGAUGAAGAAGACUGCAUUGAUGAUGUUGACUACUAUUGGAAUACAAGCAUUCAGAAUGGAUAUUCAAGUCGCUCUGUAAAACCACUCAAAGGAGUAAACAUUGGAUAUGAUUAUUCAAGUAAAACCAAAGCCAGCCCGUCAUCAGAGGAUUUAUCCAACACAAACACUCAAGAAAAGUUUGAAGAUAUAUUAUCAAAUAUCCUUUUUCAAGUCUAUCCAUGGUGUUCUAUUUUUGCGUAUUUUCAUGCCAGAAAGCUUGAUAAGCCAGAAAUAGAUCGCCUAAAUGAUCUUGCAAUAGAGUAUGGCGUAUCAAAUUAUACACGGUUGCUCUCUCGAUCUGGAAAUAACAAACCUUCACCCUCAAAAAACUAUCGUCAGCCACAUCACACACAAAAAAAUCAGUCUAGGCAAUCAAAAUAUAACUCCGAUUUUGCCACUAAUGAGUUUGGCCGACUUAGAGAAAGACAAGAUCAGUCAAGCUUGGCUAUAUCUGCGUGUCAUUCUAGUCCAAAUGCAUCCGACUUGGAAACAUUGGACCAAAUCAGUUUUGUAUCGGAAUUCAACAAUAACGAUGUGCAGUUGGCCCAUAAUGAUGCUACUAUUGCUGUGGAAAAUGCACAGCCGGCUAUUUUGAGCAACGAUGUUACAUCCUUAUCGCCCUCGUUAGAUAUAAAUAAUAUUUUCAAUGCAGCUUCAAACCCUUCAUCUACGCCUUUAACAUUACACCCGAUCCAAGCGGCUUCUACCCUUAUCAGUGAACAUGUUCUUAUGCUCAAAACCACCAUCAAUCAGGAUGAAUCUGUGAGCAUUUCACCAAAAAUCGAUUCGACCGAUGUAGAUGAUUCUCCUGUCAAAAUAAAAUUUAAACGCAAAAAUACAUCAAAAAUAGAAAAGAAAUAUCGCCAGCGACUAGACUGAGUAUUCGAGUUAUUACAUUUACAUAUUGACUUUUAAGCCUGUUUGCAGUUGUCUCGGUCAUAUAGAAAGGGCACCGUUUUAUUUGAACGGCAUUUUUUUAAAAAAUCGUUCAAAAUAAAAACUACAUACUAUCUAUCAUUGUCUAC